UCAGGUGGCAUAUAUGGAGGAUGACAGAGGAAGUGAUUAGAUAGUUUGUCAGUCAUACACAGGGACAGAUGCCAGAAACAGAAAUAGUCAUUAUGAAAUUGAGAAGUCGAGCGUAAGAUUCAAGCUGUUUAUUUAGCGUUUAGUGGCCUCGACAGACCAGAUCAUUGAGCUUACAGAGAGUUUGGAUCGGAACGGUGGGAUCUGAGAGAAGAAGAUCAUGUACAACAACAAUAACAGCACACCAUCAUCAUCCUCCUCGUCCGAGACUGGAGAUUCGGUGAGAAGUUCGGUGUUUAACCCGAGUGAACCGCUGAGACAGCCGCGGACGUAUCCUCCGGUCGCAGAAAGCAGUUCAGAAAGCCAAGGAUUCUCUACAUUUUUCAAUUCAGGGUACUUAAACAGCAGUUCUACUGCCUUAAAAUCAUCAGAUUCGCUAGUGAAAAACUCCAAACUGUCUGCCGCUGCACCAGAGUUUGUCCCGAGCGCUUAUGCGUCAUACCAGAAUGAUGUGUAUUCUGAUGGAUCUGAAGGAUGCUAUGCCGAGGCCUCAUUGGCUGAUUUAGUUCAGGAUUUUGUAAGCCAUCUGACCACGUCUCCAGGGUCCUUCGAGGUGGAAAUCGAUUACAUCACAGAUACGCUGAACAGCUGGGUGACCACAGAAGAGACGUUACAGGAACUAGUAGAGCUCAUCUACACACAGUCAACAUCUGUUCCCAACUUCUCCUACACUGGGGCACGGCUCUGUAAUCAUUUGUCCCAUUGCAUCAGUCUCAGUCCAUCCAGCGGGAACUUCCGUCAGCUGCUGCUGCAGAGGUGUCGUACAGAGUAUGAGCAGAGAGAUCAGGCUGUGAAAGGAGAUGAGACCACACAGAAAAAGUAUCAUUCAUAUGUGUUGUUUCUGGGGGAACUUUACCUUAACCUAGAGGUCAAAAGGGGCAAAGGCGCACCAGAACGAGCUGUCGUCUUACUGGGAGCUCUAAAGGAUCUUUUAAAUGCAUUGUUCUCACACCCCGACGACCCAAACCUAAUCUGUGCUGUCAAGUUACUCAAGCUGAGCGGUUCAAUUCUGGAGGACACAUGGAAGGAGAAAGGAAAGUCAGACAUGGAUGAGAUAAUCAAGAAAAUUGAAGAGAUUUUGUUGGAUGCUAGAUGCAGCCGAGAUGUCAGACAGAUGUUGUUGAAACUGGUGGAGUUACGGUCAAGUAACUGGGGGCGAGUUUACACUGCUGCCCUGUCCAAUGACGCUACACCCGACAAUGACCCCAACUACUUCAUGAAUGAACCAACAUUUUACACAGCAGAUGGCACACCUUUCACAGCAGCAGAUCCUGAGUACUCCGAGAAAUAUCAGGAGAUUCUAGACAGAGAAGACUAUUUCCCUGACACAUAUGAAGAGAAUGGAAAUGAAUCUUUUUGUGGUGAGGACGACGAGAUGGACCCAGAGAUCGAGGAAGCGUUUGAGAGGUUUUGCAUGGAAUCCGAGAUGAAAGGAAAGUAAUGAGCGCUGUAGACUGCGAGAUCGCCAUGUCAACGCCACACCUGACCGCUGGAAUGUUUCAGAGUGGGCGGAACCAAAACAAAUUUUGCUUGAUUUUUGUUUCAUUUCUCAAUGAGCACUUCCUGGCUAGUGUCACUGGAUUGUAUGGCUGGGAUAUCUAUUUAAUUGUAACACAUGACAAUUAGCUUGUCCGUCAAGCCAUCGAGUCGUCAGUAGCCAUGGGUUUGGCAUUUGGGUUGUGAGGUUCAUAAUUUUAUGCGUGUUCUGAUUUGUCAAACAUCCAAAAAAAAGAGAAUGUUUGCAGUGAGAAGAAUAGCAUUAUCAAGUGUAUGCGUGUGAUUUGUUUGCAAACUAACCGCUCAAUGUCAAAGAAAUUGUAGGAGAAUUGAAGUGGGACACGUAAUAUCAGGUGGCUUUCUCACUCCUGAAGGCUUUGCUGUUUCUUGAUGCAACACAGCGAGAAAGACAAAAAAAAGUUGUUUUAAGUUUUCUGCCUUUCUCAGAUUCUCCUCAAACUCUUUAGAGUUUUAUUUUCUUUUUAUGCACAUGGUAGAGGAAAAGAGGAGCUGCCACUUUCUAGUCAUCUUGUUUUGUGGGGAGGUUUCCAAAUAAGUGAUGUGUGUCAACUAGGCGAGGAAAAUCUCUGCCCUGUUUUGGGAGUAUGCACCGAUUCAUCACCACUGUGAUUUACAGAACUGUUCUUUCUGAUCACCAACAUCUCAUGGAUCCCCAAUAAAGGAAUGUUUAUUUUAAUAUAGUUGUAAAUAUUAUUUACUGCAUUGUUUGCCUGCAAUAAAUCUUUAUAAAA